AUGGAAGUCCUCACGUCUCUAAUGAGGAAGGCUAAAGAAAUAGGGGAAUUAUGGGGGUUUAAGGUUAAUGUUAAUGAGGAAGUUGAUAUGCUCCAAUUUGCGGAUGACACUAUUAUUAUUUCAGAGGGAGAUACCGCAAAUUUAUGGAGUAUGAAAGCCAUUCUUAGGGGUUUUGAGUUAAUGUCGGGGUUGGGGAUAAAUUUCCACAAGAGUAAUCUUUAUGGGAUUAAUGUUGGAGAUUGCGUCGAUAUUUCUUUCGUGCUCCGUCGAAGGUGCUCAAAGAGAUUCCGUCAAUUUAAAGCAACUUUCUGUGGGAUGGGGGAGAUCUCAAAAGAACGAUCCAUUGGGUGUGUUGGGACACCGUUUGUAAAUCUAGAGAGGAAGGUGAUAAAUCUGUGGUGGGAAAGAAAGACUCCAUAUGGUGGAGAGAUGUUUUACUUUUUUGACAAUUAUGAACUCUUGCUUGACAAACAUUUUGCGGGGGCGGUAGAUUGUUGUGUGGGGAAUGGAGAGGAUAUCCAGUUGUGGUAUGCUUGUUGGGUGGAUCAACAGCCCAUCACGGAGGCUUUCCCCGAGCUAUUUCAGGCGGAUGACAACCACCUGCUGUCCGUUGCUGAAGCCGAGUUUUAUGAGGUUGAGGGCUGGAAGUGGGACCUGCAGCGGAUGCUGGCAGCUGACAACACUGUUCCCACUUUUCUGAUGCAAGAUUUGUUUUCGCUGCUGCAACUGCGGUGUCCGCAGGCGGGAUCCUUGGAUGCUUUUGUUUGGAGACAGAAUUCGACAGGUGAGUUCUCUGUUAAGGCAUGUUAUGAUCUUUUCAAGGCCAAUCUUUCAGGGCCCCCUAAAUCCGGCUUUGGUUAA